AUGCCUUACAGAGGCCACUGUAUCUGCGGCAGUAUCCAAGUCUCCUUGAAGGAACAGCCGCCGGGCUCAUCCAUCAACUACCUCGUCGAUGAGCCCGAUUUUACCGUAGAAGAUACUACCUCGCUCAAAACAUUCGCCGAUACACAUUACGCCAGUGGAAACAUCGUUGCAUGUCAGUUCUGCGGCAACUGCGGCAGAGGAGUCGUGCUGAUGAGGGUUAGCCCCGUGGUGACGAGGAGCCCAAGGUACCCAGGGAAAGCAUUUGUCAAGGCUUCUCUGUUCGAUGUCAUCUCGCCUCCCACUAUGGAGGUGUUUACGGAGCGAAGGCCAAAGUGGGAGAAGCCGGUUGAGGGGCCGAGUCAAGCUUAA